AAUAUUCCCCUUCAGUCUCUACUAUUCACUAUUAUUGUCAUAAUAAGCCCCUUAGCUUCUUACUUAAAGUUUUGCCGACAGUUCUAUCAUGGAAUUAGACCAUGGUAUGGACUUUGAGGACUACUUUCCAUACAUGAUCUCGAGCCUCGGCGCAGAAGGCUUCAUCGGCGAGCUCUGCAAUGGAUUCAGUCUGCUUAUGGACGCGAACAAGGGGUUGAUCACGUUUGAGAGCUUGAAGAUGAAUUGUUGCUUACUAGGUUUGGAGGUGAGGGAUGAUGAGCUGUUGUGCAUGUUAAUGGAAGGUGAUUUGGAUGGAGAUGGUGCCCUAAACCAAAUGGAGUUUUGCAUUCUCAUGUUUAGGAUUAGUCCAUGCUUGAUGGACGAUGGAGAUUCACCUAAAUUCUUGCCUCAAAAUGUUGAUCCCAUGUUAAUGUAGCGUAAAUCUAUGAUCUGUACUCUAAUUAUAGUGUUAAUUAGCUCUUUGUGUGUCUCUUAAUUAAAUAUCCUAUAAAAUAGCGUUUUCAUCCCUCCUUCUUAUGUGUGAGAGUGUGUUUGUUGGUGUUAAUUGUGUGGCUUGCUGGUAAGUUUACUAAAAUUUGGGGAAUGCUAGAGAGCCAACAUUUUUAGUGAUAAAGGAUAGAAAGUUAGCUACUCUUGGUUCAAAUGUAAGGGGAAAACAAAAGUGUUGGUCAUCUAGCAUUUUUCAUUUGUAAGUUUACUUUUGGUGUUUCAAUAA